AUGUCACUAGGGGAGAGAAUUGGGGAAGGACAGGCUCGUCAAAGUGUGCCCUCCCCUAAUAAGAAAAAUAGAUUGUUCCGUUGCCAAUUUUGUGCUAGAGAAUUUCAACGGAAUGAGCACUUGCAACGACAUGAACGGUUACACACGAAGGAAAAGCCCUUUGGCUGUACCGCCUGCCCAGAAACCUUUACCCGAAGUGACCUCCUCGCUCGUCAUCUACGCCUCUGCCAUACUGUUGCUUCGAGCAACCCAAAUGGGUUUAGAGCUCCUUUGAAUAAUCGCAGCAAAUCGCCGGAGUAUGCUAGCUAUGCUCCCGAUGCCGCACAAAGCGCAUCUCCCCAUAUCCGUACAGGACCAGACACGGCACUUACUGCCAAUGACUCAGGUCAUUCUUCGUCCAUAUUACCGCUCUCCGACGCAUGCUUGAUUCCCGUCUCAGAUGCAUUUUUCUCGAGCUCCUCGAGGACUCAUGUGGAUAAUUCAACCGCAUUGCCCAUAGAGGCUCCUGCCACCACCUCGUCACCGGCGCCGUGGGAUCAUUCGGCCCCAACUUUUGGUGACUUCGCCCACAUUAUUGACAAUAUGACCGUGCCAUCACAACUGAUCCAUGACCAGCCAAGCUUGCCACUCUCAACAUUCUCCCUAUUCGAUGAGCCGGGCCGUCAGCCCUCCAGCAUUCAUUGGCAAUUUCCUAAUACCACACCAUCUGAUGUACCCACAACCUUUUCUCAGGUCCCGCAUUUAUUUGAUGAAUUCUCAUCGACAUUUCCUUCCUUUGAAAUAUCACCUUUGGUGAAAGCUUGCCUAGAACCAUGGAAGGUUACGCAACAACACUGGGACAAAUUUCUUGAUCAAGUCCAAUUCUUUAAUCUUAUUAUUCCGCCUGGAUUUGUGCUUCAGUCACGCCACACUUUGACUCGCUACCUCGAAACUUACUUCACGGGCUUCCAUCGACAUUUACCAUUUCUUCACAUCCCUACAUUCUCACUAGAGAAGUCUCCAGUUGAAUUAAUACUAGCCAUGGCAGUUAUUGGAGCCCAGUCUAACUUUGAACAUGAUAAUGCGAGGAUGCUGUUUGAAACGUCUUAUGCCAUAAUACAAGAACGUCUGCGCAAACGCAAAACUGAGCUUCGCCAUAGAUCAUUUCCAAUGGGAGAUGAGGCGUCGACUGUAUUGAAACCCGGAGGUCAGCCUUGGAUUGGGGGGUCUUCCUCUAUCCUAGAACUUCCACUAGACUCGUCCGCGAGCCAGGCUUGCACCCCCGAUUUUCACCCACUACCUGCUGCACAAACACUGCUCUUGCUCAUGGCAAUGGCAACGUGGGGUAAUUCAAAAGCCAUCUACAACAAAGCCUUUGGUCUGCAAAACACGAUAGUCAACCUUGUGCGAGAGGAAGAAUUUCUGAAGGUGGAAACCCAGAUACCGGAAGGCAUCACUUGGGAUCGGUGGGUUCAAAUAGAAGGGUUCAAGAGGACAAUCGCCAUAAUAUAUUGCUUUUUAAACUUCCACACAAUAGUCAAUGAUACCCCGCCUCCGAUUCGAACCUCAGAACUAACUAUCAAUCUACCUUCGCGUGAAGCAGAUUGGGCGGCCCAAACCGAGAAGGAGUGGCAAGAAACCCGGACUAGGUCCGAGCCUGAGCCACAAUUUCAAGCCUAUUUUGCGAGCCUCUUCUUAGAGCCAAAGGAAGAUAACGAAAUCCUCAAAGGAUACUCCUCACUCGGUGGAUACACCCUCAUAUUGGCAUUGAUUCAACACAUCUAUUUCCUUCGCGAGUUGAGCAAAUGCAGGCCUGGCUCAGAACAGAGCCUUUCUCCCGCAGAUGCGGCCAACGUGGAGCAAGCAUUGAAAAACUGGCAGAGUGGAUGGUAUACAGACCCAGAAUCAUCCCUCAGUCCAGGAAAUCCACAUGGUCCAAUUUCCUUCAACUCGACAGCUUUGCUUCGAAUGGCCUAUAUUCGGUUGGUCGUGGAUGUGGGUCCGUGGCGCGCUCUAAACACUCAUAAUCCCUACGAAAUAGCGAUAUCCAUGCACCAAAGUCCGCCACUAAUACCGUCUCCUAAAUUGACACAUGCAGUGCUAUAUGCUGCGCACGCACUCAGCAUUCCGGUCAAGAUUGGUGUCAGUAUCGUGACACGUAGUCAGGCUUUUACUUGGUCCCUGCAACAUUCGCUUUGUGCGCUUGAGUGCGCUUUUGUUGUUAGCAAGUGGUUAAUUGUCAUGGGGAAUCGGGUAUCCGAGGUGCUAAUCGAUAAGGAGGACAAAGCAUUGAUCGCUUACCUCGAUGAUAUCGUGGCAGAAGCAGGCCCUGGAAUCUGUCCGGCUGGAGGCGGCGGGAAUGCAUCGCACCUUUUUGACUUGUGUGUGCGCGUCAUCAAGCUUUGGGCCAAACUCCUGAGCGGAGAAGCACACUGGGAUGUAGUACGCAUGAUUGGGAAAGUGUUAGAAGCAUAUGGUUACAUCUUAGAGAAGGAGCUCCUAGUGUAA